AUGGAGCCCGACUUGACCUCUGUGCCUGCCGGGGCCCCGGUCGCCGAUCCAGAAGAAGACGAGGAAGGAAGCCGGAAGUACACACAGGCAGUUCAAGAGAAAGAAGAAGGAAAUCACCUCUUCAAAAAGGGGAGUGUCCAGGAGGCAGUUGAAAUAUGGCGGCAUGCGUUGAAACUGUGUUACGAGCUUUCUGUUUCCGGCACUGCGCCGAAUGCUGCGGCCAUGGGGGAACUCCAAGUGGUGUUGGAGAACAACAUCGCCGCUGGUCUCCUAAAGGAAGGGUCGUACUCGCGCUGUAUUGAGCACUGCGAACACGUUCUUCACGUUCAGCCAGGCAACGAAAAGGCGCUCCUGAGGAUGGCGAAGGCACACGCCGAACUGCAGGAAUACAAGAAGGCUGAGGACGCGAUCCGCCGGUUGCUGAAGGUGCACGCUGAGAACCAUGAGGCAACCCGACUUUAUCGGCAAGUGCUCGAGGCACAGGUGGAGCACAAACGGCAGCAAAAGGCGUUGUACCAGACAAUGCUAGGGAAGGGGAAAAACACGGAUUCGCUCGCAGUACCCCCUGUGGAAAAACAGGCACGCGCCGCUGAGGCUUCCAGCGCUUCGCCCCUCUGCCCCUGGAUGUGGGCCGCGGAGUUCCUGCCUAUGGACAAAGAUCCGGUCGUCUGGCGAGCUCCGCACUCGAUUGAAAGCCUCACAGAAGACUGCAAUUUUCCUCUAACUCGAGGACUGCCUUUGACCAUCCUCUUUGCGCUCCAAGCGGCAGACGAAGCUCGGCGAAAGGCGAUCUCGCCGAUGGCCGAAGGCUCCAGGAAUGGCGGCGCGAAUGGCGGAUCGUGCAGCCGGACCCCGGCCGCUGGAGCUGUGAGCGACUCGGCUGGGGGGUGCCAGCGGUCAGAUGAAGCUUUGUGGGACUGGCGAUCGAUACGAAAAGACGUCCUCUGCGUCCACCUGAUUGGCGCUACCAGUGCGCACGAAAUGGGGUGCAAAUUUACUGUCCUGAUGGAGCGGUGGCCGCGCGUCAAAACCCUCAUUCUCGUCUUGAUUGGAUUUCUGGGCCAGCAUGGAAAGCUCGAAAAUAAAUUGGAACGCGGGAAGGUUCAGCCUCCUGCAGUGGUCAAGACAGAGGACGGCCGGGAGCAGCUCGCGGUCCCGUUCAAGGGGACCUACGAGGAGUUUGUACAGGCGGUCCCCGGAGUCCUCACGAAUCCGGAGUGCACAUUUUUCCCCGAUUUCGCGGUCUUAAGCACGCCGCUUUUUGCUCGAGAUCUCGACUCAUGGAAACCCGCGUUGUCGCUUCUGCUCGAUGCGGACGUGCUCUCGAUCGUCACCGUUAGCGGGCCGCUGAGGGACGAGCCCACGGCGGAGAUAAAAGAAGAAGAGGAAGUCGUGCGGCAGCAAGGAGGACGGGUCAUCGUGCCGACUUCAAAAAACGACUUCCCGAUUAUUUUCCGAGUUCCCAAAGAAGCUCUAAAGAAACGUGCGGAGCUAGGAGCAGAAGGCGACAAAACAGAUUUCAUAGGAAACGAGUUGCUCCCAGGCGUAGAUACGGCCGAUGCAUGCACUGACUCGGCGGUCCUUGGAGCUAAACAUGCAGCGUUUUUCGUGUUCCGGGGCCGAGUCAAGUGUCCCGCGUAA